UAGUGUGUCCAAAAAAAAUACAACUUUUUUUUUUAAGAACAGCCACGUGAGGGAGAGACUUCUUGGCUAAGGGACAGUGUGUGAAGUACCAGGGCAGUCUCCCAGCUGUUGGAAGAAGGGCACUGGGUAGCAUUGGUGUUUGGGGUGAGGAGAGGGAGUUAGGGAGCUAGGCUGGUGGCUGUCAGGAGAGACAUGAAUACCAGUCCCCAGUUUCCAUUUUGCCCUGAAAGCGGUGGGGAGCCACUCAGGGAUCUUAGGUUUGUGAGUGACUGCUCAGAUUGUGUCCUCAUGGGUGACUUGGUUGAGUCGGGAUGGUUAACAGAACACCAGAAGGCCCAGCACCGAGGAAGGGCGGUGGGAACAAAAGAGCAAGACCGCAAGACAGGUGGCUGUGGGGACGGGAAGGGCCGGGGAUGGAGGAGGACUUCGGGAACACUCCGAGGCUGGGUGACUUGGCAGGGCCGGGCUGCACUGUGUGCUGGAAGGGACAGGCCUGGAGUGGGUGGCGACGGGUGCUGUGGAGAGGCUGAGCUGAGAGUCCUUAACAGCCUCUCGAUAGAGACUGCUCUGGAGCCAUGAGAGCUCCUUCCUGUGUGGGCACUGAAGCCAGGGUGUGCCUUCCCAGGAGUGUGUGUGGAGUGAGAGAGAGAAGACUGAUCCUGGAGAGGCCUGAUGCUUCACAUCCAUAGGACAGAGUUGAUAAGCACUCAGCACAGUGGCAUUCAGAAAGCGUCUCGAAUGCCGUUGAAAUGAUUCAGCCUGCAAGAUUCCCUCCCAGCCCACUCUGCAGUCACACCUGAAGAUACUUGCCGAGAGCCUGCUGUGUGCCCAGCCUUCGGAGGCACGCCUGUCACCGGCACCUUGCUUGGAAUUCAGACCAGUACAGGAUUCUAGCUUCUGACAGCUGGGCUUCCUCCUCCUGCUUCUCAUUCUGUGCAAGUAGUUGAUUUCUCCUUUGCCCUUGGGGGGUGUUUUCCCAGACCUACUGCUGGGAGGGCCUUUUAAACUUAGAAGAUAAAGAGAAUUAGCGGAGCCCCAUUGCAAUCCCAGCCUCCUCCUGUGGGUAGACCAAACCAGCGGCUUGCUUGAAGGAAAUUAGUUCCUCAACGAGGGAUCACACCUGGGUCAGGCCAGUGAAAGCACUGAGUCUCAAUCAGUGGACCGCUAGGGAAUUCCCUGCAGGGAACCUUUUUGAGUGGCUAAUACCGUUAGGACUUUACCCCGCUCAGGUCCCAUCCAUAGGCUCAGGUGCCACCGCUAAGACCUGCAUUUGAACUUGCGACCAGUACUAGCAGAUGGGCCAGCCAGCUGGCCUGCAGUGCUGUGACUAAUACCUCCUCAAUGGUUACACCCCUUUAUGCCUGGCACGUGCCAUCCAUUGUGUGCCAUCAGCCAAGGGCCCCCUAUCGGUUUCCCGGUAACUGGCACUGUGGAAUGCCAGUUGCCACUAGUAUUUGAAAAAUGCCCUAUGCUGCUUCAGGGCUGAGGCAGAACCCAGCCUGCCAUCUCAUCACAUGAGGAUGCCUGCUGGGAAGCGCACAUACCUAGAACGGACAAAUUGCUGAAUGGCCCCUGUGGUUUAGAGUUAAAUUUCCUUCUCGGGCCCAAGUGGUCUGGGAUUUUCCUGAGUCUCCGUCUGUUUCCUUCUCUGUUUCCUCCUCCUCGGGUGCACCGAGUGUGUGAUGUGAGAUGCCUGGCUCCAAGUCGCAGUAGGGUAGAAGAGCUGCACUCAUAAGCAGGUCAUCAAAGGCGUGCCAAGUUCAAACAGGAUCGGAGAAGGAGGUGGGGAGGUCAGCCCUGUCUGCAGGGUCAGGAGUCUGGAAGGGCCGGUGAAGGAGGGAGUAUUUGAAGCAGAAUCGCCUGAGAGAAGGAAGAACCAGCGUGUCCCACCUUUCCCCCUUCCUGUUGUCAAGACUCCUGAAGCCACCAUUGGAGGGCAGAUAAAUGUUCUUGAUGCAAGCAAAACAGGAAUGCUCUGAUCAUUUACCGAAGAUCACUGAGACAAACAAACCUUUGUGAGAUCUCCAGACAGUGCACUGUCACAGGCAGAAAGGGCAUGGGAUGGCAGAGAGGUUAGCCAAGAAGCCUCGGAGAGGGUGCCGGUGGAUGUAGCUGCCCUUUGACCCCUCCUGCCCCCCGACCCCGGGCGCUCCCUGCACGAUGCACCCUCCAGCCUAUAACUGCUUUGUGGACAGAGACAAGAUGGACUCAGCCAUCCCAGACCUGGGGCCCAAAGAGCUGAGCUGCACGGAGCUGCAGGAGCUGAAGCAGCUGGCACGCCAGGGCUACUGGGCCCGCAGCUACACCCUGCGGGGGCAGGUGUACCAGCGUCUGAUCCGGGACAUCCCCUGCCGCACGGUCACCCCCGAUGCCAGCGUGUACAGAGACAUCGUCGGCAAGAUCGUGGGCAAGCACAGUAGCACCAGCCUGCCCCUGCCCGAGUUUGUGGACAACACGCAAGUGCCGAGCUACUGCCUGAACUCGAAGGGCGAGGGUGCUGUGCGCAAGAUCCUGCUGUGCAUCAGCAACCAGUUCCCCGAUGUGUCCUUCUGCCCCGCGCUGCCUGCCGUCGUGGCCCUGCUGUUGCACUACAGCGCCGACGAGGCCGAGUGUUUCGAGAAGGCCUGCCGCAUCCUGGCCUGCAACGACCCCAGCAGGAAGCUGGUAGACCAGAGCUUCCUGGCCUUCGAGUCCUCCUGCAUGACGUUUGGGGACCUGGUGAACAAGUACUGCCAGGCGGCCCACAAGCUAAUGGUGGCCGUGUCGGAGGACGUCCUGCAGGUGUACGCAGACUGGCAGCGCUGGCUCUUCGGGGAGCUGCCCCUCAGCUACUUCGCCCGUGUCUUCGACGUCUUCCUGGUGGAGGGUUACAAGGUGCUGUACCGCGUGGCACUGGCCAUCCUCAAGUUCUUCCACAAAGUGAGGGCGGGGCAGCCGCUCGAGUCGGACAAUGUGAAGCAGGACAUACGUGCCUUCGUCAGGGACAUCGCCAAGACUGUAUCUCCCGAGAAACUGCUGGAGAAGGCGUUUGCCAUCCGCCUCUUCUCUCGGAAGGAGAUUCAGCUCCUGCAAAUGGCCAACGAAAAAGCUCUGAAGCAGAAGGGCAUCACCGUCAAGCAGAAGAGUGUUUCACUUUCUAAAAGGCAGUUCGUGCACCUGGCCGUUCACGCGGAUAGCUUCCACUCGGAGAUCGUCGGUGUGAAGGAGAUGAGAGACAUCUGGUCGUGGGUCCCCGAGCGGUUCGCCCUCUGCCAGCCCCUGCUGCUCUUCUCCUCGCUGCAGCAUGGGUACAGCCUGGCCAGGUUCUACUUCCAGUGCGAAGGACGAGAGCCCACUGUCCUGCUGAUCAAGACUACGCAGAAGGAGGUGUGUGGCGCCUACCUGUCAACAGACUGGAGUGAGAGAAACAAGUUUGGGGGCAAGCUGGGCUUCUUCGGGACUGGAGAGUGCUUCGUGUUUAGGCUGCAGCCCGAGGUCCAGCGCUACGAGUGGGUGGUCAUCAAACACCCAGAGCUGACCAAGCCCGCGUCCCUGGAGUCCGCCACCGUUCCACCCUCCCCCAGCCACUCUGUGUCCUCUGAGCCCGCUGACCGUCUCUCGCCGUUCCUGGCUACUCGGCACUUCAACCUGCCCUCCAAGACGGAGUCCCUGUUCAUGGCAGGGGGCAGCGACUGCCUCAUCAUAGGUGGAGGGGGCGGCCCGGCACUGUACAUUGACGGGGACCUGAACCGGGGCCGCACAGGCCACUGCGACACUUUCAACAACCAGCCCCUCUGCUCUGAGAACUUCCUUAUUGCUGCUGUGGAGGCCUGGGGCUUCCAGGACCCUGACAUCCAGUGACGGGCGUGAGUCAACAGUGACCGAGCUGCCGCUGCCGGUGGCAGGGGGUGGUGGUAGCUGGGCCCCUCCUCACGGAGGUGGUGGUGAGUGAAGACCCCCACAUAUGUGGGCACCGUCAGGGUGCAGCUGGGCACAGUAUUGGUCUAGGCAGUGGUGCCACAGCUGCAGCUGGCCCUCCCGGACCUGCCGUACUUGCUACCCCUUCGUCCUGGACUCAGGUCCUGGCCGGCCUCUAGGCAGGCAUCCCGUGCGGGAGGCCGGAGUCUUGGCCCCUGAGCCUCAGUCCCCCAGGGUGAGAGGGUGCUGGGACCAAGGAGCCUGCCCAAGUGUGGGCACGUGGCUCCCCCUGCUGGUGCCUCUGGGCAUCUCCCGAGGAGGCCCUGCAGCUCCUGCUGGCCUGCGUUGGGCGGGGCCCCGGGGCUGUGGGUCCCUGGAGAGGGCAAGCGCCCUAUGGACUGUUCCUGGCGGGAGCGUCUGCCUGGAGCUUCUGACUCAGUUCCCGCCUCCCCUGGUCCCCCCUUAGACCGGAACUGCUGGUGAGACCAGGGAGGACAAGCCGCAUGCAGGGCUCUGGGCCCCUCCCCAGGUGCGUGUCCUUGUGUUUCUGCAGAGCCUGAAGCCUCUGCUCGGCCUCAGGGUAGAGUUACGCCUGGAAGGGCCCUCUGGGACAGACCCCACACCAGCCAGCCGUAUUUCUGGGCCCUGCCUGGAGAAGCCUGGACCCACGGAGCCAUCUGUAGUCUCCUCUUCUCCAGCUCCCCAAGCUCCCUGCCAUGGCCCCACUUGAUGGCAGUGACCUGGUCUGGGGUCCCGACCGACCCCUCACACGCUCUGUCUUAUUGCGCCUCCCCUCACCUGGUGCCACCCGCCCUCCCAGCUCCUGCCACAUGGACCUUCCUGACCCACUGUCUGUGCGUCCGUCUCACAGUGCCUCCUGGGCCUGCAGGGUGGCCCUCUACCCGUGACUUCCUCAGCUGGUCCUGAGGGCCCAGCCACCCAGAGGGAGGAGAGACGUGGACACUCCAGGGCUGGGGCCAGGGAUCUUGCCCCCUCGGUGCCCCAUGCACCCCCACCCCCAUGCUCAUCUUGCUGGGCGUGCAUCCUCCCUGCCCACCUCCUCAGAUCUCUGCCAAGCCUGGCCGCGGCAAUACGGAAGGACACACCAGGAACCCUGUGUGGCUUUGGGCAGACCAGUGAACCUGCCUGGAACUCAGUUUCCCCAACUGUAAAAUGGGGCCAUUUACCCUGCGCUGCCGUCCCGCAGGGCUGCUGAGAGGCCUGCAGAGGGGAGAGGUGCUCAGGGGAGUCAGCUUCCUCCCCAGACACCGCAGCCCUCGCUGCCCCUCCUCGAGCUCCCUCAGCCCUCACCUGUGCUUCGGUGUUCAUUAAACAGCUGUGUGAACUGCAGGGAUCCGAGUCUGGUUUCUUUAACCAGAGGGACCUCCCCGGGUGCCCCACCCCACCCUGGGUGCCCUGCCCCGCCCCAGCUCGCCUCCUGCUUGACAGUCUGGUCAUGGAACAUCAAAGGCCUUUUCAUAGCACAGCCUUUCAGAAGCAGCUGAAGGCACACCUGAGCACCCUUUCAUGCCCCUCCGUGAACCUCCUGAGUUGUGGAGUCCUUUUCCUGCUGAGUAAUUCCACAGGAUUCUCUGAGACUGCCCCAGGGCCCCCCUCCACCCAGCUGGGCAGUGGCAGCUGAUGAGUCACCAUUUCUGUGCCGUGAGGUCUCUGCGUGUGCGUGCACGGUACUCGCUUUCUUUGCUUUUCCUAUCUUCUCCCUAACUUUUCUGCUAAACUAAAAGGUGUGUGUGAUUAUUAUCUUCAGUUUUUUAAUUCUGAUUACUGUCCUUGUUAUCUGAUAUUCGGUCUUCCCAAAUAGAGUAAAAUUUAUUUUGUGACGUUCUCUGUUAUUUCUUCCUGAUUAUUAGUGUUUUCUGUUAAAAAUUAGCCAAAUGUUUAUGGAAUAGUACAGUGAAUUACAUUUGUUUUUCUAGAAACAUUUGAAAAUGUAUUUUAAGGAAAAAAUUGAACAUAGUUUAAAGCAGUUCAUUAUCAAAGUAGACUCGUAUGCAUUUAAGGCUUCAGAAAAUCAGUUUUCCUAAAACAGUUUAUAUUACAAGAGUAAGUCCAUUGUAUUUUAUGAGUUUUUCCAUUUUAAUUAUUGAAUUAAAAUAAGUAUUCAAUUUUU